AUGGCUCGGCGCGUGAGCCCGCGCGAAGCGGAGGACGCGGAGCGCAAGCUACGGCAGCUGUCGCGCGCGGGCGGGAACCGCUACUGCGCCGACUGCGGCGCUUCGUCGCCCAACCACGUCGUGCUUGCGUUGGGCACGUUUGUGUGCCCGCUGUGCGCGGGCAUCCACCGCGACGCGUCGCGCAAGGGCGUGCGCAACAUCGACUCGGCCACCUUCUCUAUGGACGACGCCUACCGCAUGGAGGACCGCGGCAACGACUUGGCGAGGAGGAGGUGGAUGGCGAGGUGGAGCCCCAAGGACUACCCGGAGCCCCAGCCCGGCGAUAAGGAAACUAUCAGAGAGUUUAUCUGGCUCAAGUAUGACGGCAGCUGGGCCGCGAAGAGCUUGGCCCCUGCCACAGCUAGUAGGAGGGAGGAUAGGGGAAGAGAGAGGGACAGGGACAGAGACAGAGAGAGGGAUGAUAGGCCAAGAGACAGGGAUAGAGACAGGGACAGGGACAGGGACAGGGACAGGGACAGGGACAGGGACAGGGACAGGGACAGGGAUUAUAGAGAUCGCAGGGAUAGAGACCAUGACCGUGCCCCUGUGCGUCCGUUGCGUGAGAGGGAUUAUGAUGUCGACCGCCAUCGCGAUAGGGAUGUGCGUGACCGCGAUUAUGCCUACGACCGCGACCAUGGUCGCGAUGCUCGCUCGGACCGUGCCCGGAGACCUUCGAGAUAUCGUGACGACGAAGUCGACGAGGAGGAGGACGAUCAUCGCCGCCGCCGUGAGGAAAGGAAGAAGAAGAAGAAGAAGAAGAAGAAGUCGAGCAAGAAAAAGUCACAGAAGAGCAAGUAUGUUGAAUCAGAGACCGAGUCUGAGACAGAGGAGGAUACCGAUGAUGAGACUGACAGCGAAACUGAGAGUGAAGAGGAUGAUAGAAGGAAGAAGAAGAGCUCCAAGAGGAAGAAGAGUAAGAAGAAGGAUAAGAAGAAAACUUCGAGUCGCUCCGCCCCGGCCUUUGCGGGCUCUAUUGACGACUUGAUUCAUCAGAACCAGUCGGCGGGCGCUGGAUCUGCGAGUAUGGGUAUGGGCGGCGGUGGCUUUGGAAAUGUCAUUCAGACGCCCAUGGGACCCGCGGUUAUGACGCCGCAGGGACUUAUGCCGCCGGCUAUGGCCGCCCAAAUGAUGCAUGGUGGCAUGGGUGGCGGUAUGGGAGGUGCCAUGGGCGGCAUGAAUGGUAUGGGCGCCGUGAACGGCAUGGGCGGCAUGGGAGCCAUGGGCGGAAUGCAGGGCAUGCAAGGAGGGAUGGGCGGCGGAAUGGGUAUGAUGGGAGGCAUGCCGAACGGCAUGGGCAUGGGUCCUGGAAUGGGGUCCGGUUUUGGCGAGGCAUCGAGCUCUGCAGUUUCCCAGGGCGCCCCGCUUGCGCUCCCUGCGCCGCCGAGUGCUGAGGCGAAUAUGGCAAGGGCUAAUGGCGCUGGUGAUGAUGACGUGCUCAAUGCCCUAGGCCCGAUCCAAACUCUCAACAUCAGCGACAACCCGCCGAGCGGCGGAGCGAUGAAUGGCAUGGCGGGCAUGGGAAUGGGAAUGGGAAUGGGUGCAAUGAAUGGCGGUAUGCCAGGAACGGGCGCAAUGAACGGUGCUAUGCCUGGAAUGGGUGGCAUGGGAGCGAUGGGCGGCAUGUCAGGAAUGGGAGGCGGGAUGGGUUCAAUGAAUGGGGGUGUUGGUGUCGCUAGCGGAGGGAUGGGCGGGAUGGCUGGCUCGUCGGCGAUGAAUGGGGCGGCGGGCGGUGCCCCAGCAAAUCCUUUUGGACCCAGCGCAAGCGCCGGAGCCGGCUCGACAAACCCGUUCGACGAUUUUUGA